CUGGGGUGUGGAGGGAGUAGAUAUUCUGGGAUAUCUGUGCUAGCACUCUGCCGAGAAACGUGUUUCUUUGGCAUUUUUCAAGCGGAAAUCCAAGUGAGAAUUUUGGAGCACUUGUUGCUGACAGGGGAUCCUAACAGGGUUAUAUGUGGAAGUUAUUUCUUCUGGCUCUAGAGCUCUCCACGCAGUGACGGGUGAUAAUGGUCUUGGUGUAUCGCUGUUUGACUCGGGUGGAUCCAGUUUCCUCUCGGCCUCAGCACAGCCGGAGCUGAGAAAGCGGGAUCUGGUAGGCCGUCUGGCUCCGACCUCUCACAGGAUCAUCUUCACGGGAUCUUCUUUGGAGUUGUGCAGUGUACGGAAAGGAUCUACUUUCUUGCCGCCUCACUGAAAUUGCAUGGCCUAAACUAAUGAAUAUUUUUAUGAGGCGCCUUGCACCAGAGAUGGGCCAGGACCAAACCAAGCAGCAGAUAGAGAAGGGCCUAAGGUUGUACCAGUCCAAUCAGACGGACAAAGCUCUGAAUGUCUGGACAAAAGUGCUGGAGAAAACCUCGGAUCCCGGAGGGAAGUUUCGUGUGUUGGGGUGCCUGAUCACAGCUCACUCAGAAAUGGGAAAAUACAAAGAUAUGCUGAAGUAUGCCCUGGAUCAAAUCGACACAGCCAGAGAAAUGGAAGACCCGGACUAUCUGACAGAGGGAUACCUGAACUUAGCGCGCAGCAACGAGAAGCUCUGCGACUUCCAGAAAACAGUGUCCUACUGCAAGACCUGCUUGAACAUGCAGGGUACCACGGUCAGCCUGCAGCUCAACGGCCAGGUGUGUCUCAGCAUGGGGAACGCUUACCUGGGUCUCAGUGUCUUCCAGAAAGCUCUGGAGAGCUACGAGAAGGCCCUGCGCUACGCACACAACAACGACGACAAGAUGCUGGAGUGCAGAGUCUGCUGCAGUCUGGGGAACAUCUACAUUCAUCUUAAGGACUAUGAGAAGGCCCUGUUCUUCCCCUGCAAGGCAGCUGAGCUCGUCAAUGACUAUGGCAAAGGUUGGAGCCUCAAGUAUCGAGCCAUGAGCCAGUACCACAUGUCUGUAGCCUACAGGAAACUGGAGCGCCUGCCAGACGCCAUGGAGUGCUGUGAGGAAUCUAUGAAGAUUGCUCUGCAGCACGGUGACCGUCCUCUGCAGGCUCUGUGCCUACUGAACUUUGCAGACAUACACCGCUGCAGGCGAGACGUUGAUAAAUCAUUCCCACGGUAUGAGUCUGCGCUGGCAAUCAUGACUGAGAUCGGAAACCGUCUGGGACAAUCACAAGUCUACCUGGGAGUUGCAAAGUGUUGGCUUUUGCAGAAAGAAUUUGACAAGGCUCUCGAUUCCCUACAACGAGCACAGGAAUUGGCGGAUGGGAUGGGAAACAAGCUGUGCACGCUGAAGGUCCACUGCCUGAGUGAAGGGAUUCAUCGGAGCCGGGGUCAGCAGGAGGAGCUCAGAGAGCAGGUGGUGAAGUUCCUGCAGUGUGUGGAGGAGCUGGAGCUCUAUUGCGGCAUGUGUGGAGAGGCCAUCGGGGACAGGGACCAAAAGCUGCAGGCCUUACCCUGUUCCCACAUUUUCCAUCUCAAGUGUCUGCAGACAAACGGGACAAAGGGUUGUCCUAAAUGUUUCAAGUCCUCCAUUAAGCCUGGAUUCGUCUGAUUGUCAGUCUGUGUUUGUCAAUUUGGAUCUGCAGACACAGCGUGAAGCCUUCGCAGGCUGCUGACUGGUCUAAAAAUCAGCAGGCAGCCGAGGGAUGAGCUGAAGAUGUGUGAGGAAGAAUCCACUGCUCUGUGCAGAGGAUGCUGAACUGAAGCCAGAGUGUGUCAGAGUGCAGCUCUGAGGACUCUUUAAAGGCCUCCGUGUUUUGACGGACAUCAGUCUGAGAGUUACAGCUGACUGCGGCGGUAUAACUGACAGUGGUACAUUUCCAUAUAAGCUGAAGGAAAAAAAGGGCCUGCAUCGUCUCUGUUGACUCGCAGUUUAUGACAGAAUUAAAAAUCUGACGGAAAACGGACUGCCCAAAGGGAUUUUUGACUUGAGUUUUUAUUUGAAGCAUAGGAACUGUUCAGUCGAAUCAAGACAAAACAAUCUUUAAUCAUUGCAGUCAUAAGGCUUGUUAUUUAAUCUUUUACAACACUUCCACUUGUUCUGUAUUCAACAGUUUUCUGAUGUUUUUUUUUUUUUUUAUCAGAGCACAAAGCCAUGUCAAACAUCUAUACAUAUAUUUAUUACUGUAUUUAUGUAUUCAUGUACAUACUAUCUCAUGUUAUGUGUAUGCAAAGUUUGACUUACAUGAGGUGUUUUGUAAAAUCUAAAAACAAACUAAGGUCUCUUAAAUAUUCAGAACUAGUAUGUCUUUACAGAACAAGUAUACGCAGCUGUUUAUGUUUGUUUCUUUGUUUGUUUCUUUGUUUGUGUGCUGAUAAAGGAGCAGAAAUUACUUUUCCAUCCAUUUCUGGGAAUGUUUUACUCUUACGUCUGAUAACAAAUAAUAUUGUUGAGAAGGAAACUAUUGGGAAAGGAUCUACUUUGACCAAUUACACACUUGUCAAAUCAUUAUUUAUAGGGGGAUACUUACAGUUUGUUUUAACGUAGUGUUGUCUACAGAAGCCCUAAGCGGACAUGCAUCCAUCCAGACAUUUUAUUAGCUCUGUUUUCCCAGGAUGCCUUAUUUCUGGUUGUUUUCUUGAGAUCUAAAUGUAUGAACUCGUAUCUCCAGAGUUGCCAAAACACACACAAAAAAAAAACAGAAAUAGUCUAAGUUACCUCAUUAGUGUAGGCAUGAUGGAGUCUGACCUAUCACAGUGAUCGGCCUAUUGCUUAGUUUUCUGGAUCACCAGAAAAUGAUCCCAUUAUCCGGAGAAUGUUUUGUUUUCUUGAGAUACAAGAACAAGUCGAGAUCUCAAGAAAACAACUGGAAAUCACUUCAUACCGCAGGAAGACGGAGUCAAUACAAUGUAUGGGUGCAUGUCCACUCUAGGCUUCCGUAGUUUUCAUAUAUUUAGUCAUAUGUAGAUGUUAAUUAACUUGUAAAAUGGAAUGAUUCAAACUGAGAUUAUUUACUUGUAUUGUUAUUUGAAUGUGAAUUUGUUAUUUGAUUGUGGCUAGAGGGCAAAUCCAGAUCUUGUUGCAUGUUUUAUUCACAAUGCUGCUGAGUCACAAAGAUGGAUUAUAUCAAACUGUGUCCAUGUAUUCACUCACUUCAGAAUUGUUUAUUUAAUAGCAUUUCUUAAUAUACAGUGGCUUCACCAUUCAUAUUCCUGAUAUUUGUGUCAAAUUGUUAUAAACACGUUUAAAUGUGGGAAAAAAGUCAUCAAAUGAAAUGAUCAAGGAUUUUUUCAGUUCAUUUUUCCUCAAACGUUGACCCACUUCCACAUUUCUAAUAAUGAUAGUACCCUCUAAACCAGUGGUUCUCAACUCGUCUGGCCUCAGGACCCACAUCUAACUACUCCGAGAAAAAACACGACCCAAAUUUCGGGUAGUUUUCGACCAAUCAGAUUAAUUUACUGAAAAAUUGUUCGGUUUGGAUCUCAGCCGAUACAACACAGGUCUCUGAAGCAAGAGAAAACUGAACAAAACAAACAUGUUCAAAAAGCGCUUCACAGACUUUUUAAUACAAGUUUUUUUCCAGGGACACUUUCGCGACCCACUGAAAAUGGCCACUACUGGGUCCCGACCCACCAGUUGAGAACCACGGCUCUAAACCCCUGUAUAUGUUUACUUGUGUGACUAAAACACAUACUAAGGGGGGAAAUCCUUCUAAUAUCACUCCUUUUAGAAACAUUGAAAGUAGAAGGAAAGGGAUGAACUAGUUGAAAUAACCGUGAGGAAUGGAUUUAAAAUACUUCUCUCUCUUUUUCUCUAACAUGAAAAAGGGUCGACAGCAUGAGAAAAGAUAGACCAACAUAUUUACUUUUACUGCACAAGCACUUACUUUAUGACUCUCAUUCGGCCAUCACUACCUGACCUCUCUUGGGAACCACAUCUGAGGUCUCCGCAGCCAAAAUAACGAUGAUUCUCUGUUUACCUGUUAGCACAGUCCACGGUAAACUUUUUGUAAAGCAUAAUGAUACUAACUUCACUUUUUAUUUAUUGGUUCUGGGGUAUGAAUAAGAUUUUGACUGAGAGUGCAGCCACUCAUCUUUAACAGUUUAAACUACCUCUGUUUCUGCCUCUAAGCUCCGCCCUCCUCAGAGGAUUAUUGCAGUAUUAACACAUCAUUUACACACAUGUAGAGUUGUAAUGUUUUCUAGACAUCAUGUUGUUAUAACCGUGAUUUUAAAGAUAUAGAUUAGGAAACAAAUGCAUUGUUGAUAUAUUUAUGCAUUGAGUCGGAACAUGUUACUGUGUCAAAUAUGGAAACCUUUUAAUUAUGGACAAUAAAGUUCACUGAAACUGAA